GGGCGGUCUUUAUCUGGGGAGGAGAGACGAGACAGAAGUCAGAAGGUUCAGUUAUUUCACUGAGAGGAUGAGGAGGAAAACAUCUCAACAAUGUUUACUUUUUUUCAGCUUCAUGCUGUGUUUUAUAACCAACCAAGUCCUCUCAGCUGCUCUGACUGUGAGUCCCAGCAGAUCUCAGUUCUUUCUGUUUGACUCUGUGUCUCUGAGCUGUGAGGAGAACAACAGCUCUGCUGGAUGGACUGUAUGGAGGAACACAACCAGAGGAAGCAGGACUCAGUGUGGAGAUGGAUGGGGGGAACCAGCUGGUUCUACCUGUAACAUCAGUUAUGUUUUAGAAAGAGACAGUGGAGUUUACUGGUGUUGGUCCAGAGAGGGAGCAGCCAGCAGCAGCAUCUAUCUCUCUGUCACUGGUGGAUCAGUGAUCCUGCAGAGUCCUGUCCUCCCUGUGAUGGAGGGAGAUGACGUCACUCUGAGCUGUCUAACAAAGUACACUCCCUCCAACCUCACUGCUGCUUUCUAUAAAGAUGGCUCCCUCAUCAGGACUGAGCCCAAAGGUCACAUGACCCUCCACCAUGUGACCAGCUCUGAUGAAGGCCUCUACAGGUGUAACAUCAGUGGUCAUGGAGAGUCUCCAUCCAGCUGGAUCUCUGUUGAAGAGAAACCAACCACUCCUCCUGUCUCCACUCCUCCACCUCCUGUCUCCACUCCUCCUCCUCCUGUCUCCACUCCUUCACCUCCUGUCUCCACUCCUUCACCUCCUGUCUCCACUCCUCCACCUCCUGUCUCCACUCCUCCUCCUACAUCAAUCUGUCCUACUGAUUCCCAGUCUCUUCUCCAUCUUUCAUCCUGGAGCAUCUCAGCUCCAGCUGACCUUCUGGAAACAUCUGUAGAUGUUUGGAACCAGUUCAUCAUCUGCAGCUCUGCUCCACUAAGACUUAGAACCAGACCAACCUCUGAGGAGAUGAACAGGAGGAGAGCUUCUGAGAACAACUCCAGAGUCCUGUUCUCUCUGAGGAACAUCAGAGCUGCUCUGCUCCAGAUGAACUGA